CUGGUUAUUUUGGUUGUACAGAUGCCAUCUGGGACUUGUAUAACAAAUGUGAUGGUCAGUGAAUGAAAAGAUCCGGAGCCCCAAACUACCAUGCAAAAAGCUUCUGUUAGAAACCUUCAUGUUGCCAGAAAUGUCUUGUGGCAGAUGCUUUUUCCAGGAACUUGGAGGACUGGAAGAGCCUCCCAGGCCACAGUUUCCUGAACAAUGUGUCCUAUCUUCCCCUUCAGAAAAAACAUAAUUCUCCAUUUUAAAACUCAUGGUGUGAUUCCUUCUGUGGAAGCCAACUCCAGGACUGCACAAUCCCCAUGGUUAAAAACUUGUCAUGUGGAAACUGUCGUGGCAUCCUCUGCCAAUGGAGAGAGUCAGAGCCAAGAAGCAGAGGCCCCUGAAGAUAUGAGAUCCACCUGGCAAGGCAAGGCUGGUCGCAGCCCACUCCAGGCCCUGUAUGAGAGUGACCAGUUUGAGCAGUCGUCCCUGCAGGCAGUUCACCAGCAGAGACGGGAGAUGUUGAGCAACAUCUGCAGCCGUUACACCCGCAAACGGCGUCUCCUGCAGCCGGACGACUUGCGGCACUUGGUGGUGGACGACACGCACGGGCUGCUCUACUGCUACGUGCCCAAAGUGGCCUGCACUAACUGGAAGCGGGUGAUGAUGGUCCUGACGGGGCAAGGCAAGUACCAGGACCCCCUGGAAAUCCCCGCCCACGAGGCCCACGUGCCCUCCAACCUGCGCACCCUGUCCGAGUACAGCGUUCCCGAGAUCAACGCCCGCCUGCGCAGCUACCUCAAGUUCGUCUUCGUGCGGGAGCCCUUCGAGCGGCUGGUCUCGGCCUAUCGCAACAAGUUCACGCUCAGCUACAACACGGCCUUCCACAAGCGCUACGGGACCAAGAUCAUCCGGCGGCACCGGCAGGAGCCCAGCGACCGGGCCCUGGAGCGUGGGGACGACGUGCGCUUCGAGGAGUUCGUGUACUACCUGCUGGAUCCGCGGACGCAGCAGGAGGAGCCUUUCAACGAGCACUGGGAGCGGGUGCACUCGCUCUGCCACCCCUGCAUCAUCCACUACGACGUGGUGGGCAAGUACGAGACCUUGGCCGAAGAUGCCAACUACAUCCUGCAGCUGGUGGGGGCCGACACGAGCGUCAAGUUCCCGGCUUCUUCCAAGACCACCAGGACGACAGACGACAUGACAGCCCAGUUCUUCCAGGACAUUAGCCCCUUCUACCAAAGGAGACUCUUUAAUUUAUACAAAAUGGACUACUUGUUAUUCAAUUACUCCAUCCCAUCGUACCUCCGCAUCCGGUGAGGCAGGGGCUGUGGGGGAAGAGGUGAGGGAGAGCUGGAUAACUCUCACCUUGCCACAAUCCCUCUCCUCCUGCCUUGAGCUCAUCUCUUGGUUGACUUCUUCCCUGUGUUAGGGUCUGCUCCACCUCCUGAUGCCUUGUUCAUGCAUGCUCUGGAGGAAGCACACUUCUCAAAACACUGGGGCUGGAGAUUUUCCUUCCAUUUCCCUCCCAGCCUUCAAUAUCUACAGGGAAUGGUGGUGGGACUGGACACUUCUUGCCUUGGCUGGGGACUUUCUUGUAAUUAAGAGACUCCUCUGUAGAUCCAAAUCUUGGGAAGGCUCCAUUUUUGGGCAGGAUCCCUUCAGGUCUUUCUCCUCCCUACUGGGCCGUUUGGGGGCAGAUAUGGAGUCUCAGGGGUCAGAGUGGAGUGUAUCAGAGACUUGCAUAGAGCCAGAAAUAAAGCAAUAAUUUAAUGUAA